UGUCCCAUCAUUGGUGUCAGUGGGAGAAAUAGUGUCCCAUCAUUGGUGUCAGUGGGAGGAAUAGUGCCCCAUCAUUGGUAUCAGUGGGAGGAACAGUGCCCCAUCAUUGGUGUCAGUGGGGGGAGGAAUAGUGCCCCAUCAUUGGUGUCAGUGGGAGGAAUAGUGCCCCAUCAUUGGUGUAGGUGGGAGAAAUAGUGUCCCAUCAUUGGUGUCAGUGGGGGUGCAAUAGUGCCACAGUGAUUGUCCACAAGGAUUGUCCACAGUGAUUAUAUCUG